AAGGAACGUUUGAGGUGGUGUUACUGUACUGGCAGGAACUGUCCUGUGCAGCCCCCGAGCCAGUGUGACCACGUUGGGCACGGUUGGAAUUGAGUUGAGCUGUCGUGCGUCUGUCUUAAAGAAAAUGGGCGAGCUUGGGACCUCGACCCGGUGUCGCCAGUGACGCCCCCACGGGCCGUGAGUCCUGGGUGCCAUUUCCUUGCUGAUGGAAUCAGAGUGUGGAUUAGAACCUACAGUAACGAAGGCACAAGUGUGUGUGUGCUGAUGGCGUAUAUCGUUCCGGGGCCGGUCCCCCAGCCCUCCGCCCUGUCACACGGCUUCCAACCGCCAGCACCGGGCACGGGCAUCAGUGAGUCCGCGGAGAUAGCACGGGGCCUUGUGUCCCGGGGAGGGUGUCUCUGCGGGGCCUUGCUCUGAGAUCCUGGGGCGAAGCUUCUCUGCAGCGGGAGGCCGGCUGGCGAUCGCACAGGAGCUCGCUGUGGUCCUGUGACGCCCCCUGGCGUAAGAUUCGGGCAGGUCCCCUCCUCCAAGCCCUGCCUCCUGUAGACGGAGUGCAGUCUUACUUGGGGGAGCAGACCUACCGGAGCUCGCGUUUCCAGGGCUGCGCGGGGCGCCAGGUUCUUAGGCGCACUCAGACCUCUCCGCUUCCUCGGUUCCCGUCGCCGUCCGGGCCGCAUCGCCAGCGCUGUCCCCUGGAGCCUGCCUGCCCGGCGGUUUCUGGGGGUGGCUCGGGGAGGGACGACGGUGAGGAUUAACACUUGAUAAUGAGCGAAAGGUCUGGCCAAGAGGAGGGGAACCUGAUGCCCGUGUGCGAUGGCGGGGGCCAGGACACUGUGUCGGACACUGGUGGUUUGUGGCAGCGGAGGCUUGUGUCUGAGCACCCAGCUGAGGGCGUGACGACAGUCAGAGACCCUGGCCGAGACCUCUGUCCUGCAGCAGCGGUGCAGGAAGGACCCUCGGGGAUCCGGGAUGUCAGUGGGAUUGGAUUCCGACGGCGUGGGCGGGCCACACGCAGGAGGUACAGGAACGAGGCUGGCCAGUUCAUCUCCAUGGUGACCUUCUUUGAGGCACAGGGAGCAACCUCGGGGGCCCAGGAUGCCCGUGGGCAGGGCACCUGCCGGCGAGGGCGGCCCCCACGGAAGUACCGCAAGAGGAAAGUGGCCAUCACCGCAGAGGUGACCCUGUUUGAGAUGGUUGCCCUGGGGAAGAACUCUGUGCAGACAGCCGUCGAGGAGUGGGUCCAGUCUUACAAGGAGGACAGGGAGCUGGCCCUGCUGGACCUCAUCAGCUUCUUCGUCCAGUGCUGUGGCUGUGAAGGGAUGGUGACGGCUGAGCUGUACCAGACCAACCAAGGCAACAGUGUGGUUCACAAGAUGACUGAGAAGUUUGACCAGGAGACCGGGCUGUACUACAAGAAGUUUCUGGCGUACCCCUGGAUCCUGACCAUCAUGUGGCCAGAGAAACUGCAAAACGACUUCUACCCCAUCGUGGGCCCGGGGCCCUUCUGGAAAAGGUUCAGGGUCAACUUCUGCGAGUUCACGGAGCUGCUGGUGCAGCAGACACACUCUUCGGUGCUGUGUGACGGACACCUCAUGGACACGGUCAUCUGCAUGCUUAGCGGCCUCACCAACUCGGCCGUGCACAGCCUGCGGCACACCAGCUCCCUGGCAGCCAUGAAGCUGCUGACAGCGCUGGCCAGCGUGAACCAGGGCAUCUGCACGAACAGGCGCAGGUCCCAGCGGCUGUGCGAGGUGGAGAACAUCGCCAAACUCAAGGGCAAACACAAGUACUGCAUGGAAGUACUGGACCAGCGCAGACAGCAGAGCAAGCCUGUGGCCAUCGACAACAUCAUCUGCGCGCUCUUUAAGAGGACGUUCGUGCCUCGCUACCGCGACAUCAGCUCGGACAUCCGCGUGAUCUGCGUGGCGGAGCUCGGAUGCUGGAUCAAGCUCUACCCGGACCUGUUCCUGGACAACAACUACUUGAAGUACAUCGGCUGGAUGCUGUAUGACAAGGACGCCAGCGUGCGGAUGAAGUGCAUCCUGGCGCUGAAGGCGCUCUACGAGAAGAGAGAGUCGGCUAUGAAGCUGGGCCUUUUCUUCCACAAGUUCAAGAAACGAAUCCUGUCGAUGACCCAGGACAGGCAACCGGAGAUCACGUCCGAGUGCAUGCAGCUCCUGCGGCUUAUAUCCGAGCACUACGUGGGCGUGUUCUCAUCCAUGGAGUACGUCUUCCUGUUCCAGUUCGUGUACGCGGCCUACAGGCCCAUGGCGACCGCCGCGGGCGAGCUCAUCUGUAAGAGGCUCCUGGCCCCUCCGCCCCAAGAAGGUUUCUUUGGUCAAAACCCUCCCGACGAGUUUGACAGAAACAUCCAGAACAUGAAGACGCUCAUCGACUUCUACCUGCAGGGCGAGUUCCACAGACACGUCCCAUACCUGGUGGACGGCCUGUGGGACGCGGCGCCCGCCCUGGUCCGGAACUGGGAGUGCAUGACGGCCCUGCUGCUGGAGCCACGUGGCGGGCGCCAAGCGCUGACGAGCCAGCAGGAGAGAGUCCUCAUCGAGAUCCUCGUGGCCGCCGUGCGACAGGCCGCAGAGGGCCACCCCCCUGCUGGCCGCGAACUGGGCAAGAGAGCCCCCAGGGAGGUGGACGGGACCCGCCGCUGGCGUGAGCGUGCCAGCAUGAGCCGACACUUUGUGAAGGUGCUGCCCCAGCUGCUGUCCAAGUUUGCCGCGGACAAGGAGAAGGUGACGCCACUCCUGCAGAUCCCGCAGUACUGCAACCUGGACGUGUAUGGCAAGGACGGCCUGGGCUCGUACCUGGACUCGGCCCUGCUGGAGCUGGACUGCCUCGUGCAGCGGCACUCGGACGUGGCGGUGCUGGAGGCCUGUGCCCGCGCCUACGGCGCCUACUGCUGCGAGGGCGGCUCCGCCCACUGCCAGGCCGCCCCCGCCUGCAGCCGGCUGGUGGACAUGCUGGUGGACGCGCUGACGCCGCUGCUCGACGUGUUCCUCCAACACGAGAAACAAGGCCAGUUCCUGGGACACCACGAGAUGGGUCGCAUCUGCUCGACGCUGCGGAGGCUGGUGGCCUUCUACAGCACGCACGACCUGAGCAGCUGGAACCUGUACGAGAAGAUGGACAGUCUGCUGACCCUGCGCAGGCACCAGGGCAGCAUGCCCACCGAGGUCAUCCACUGUGCGCUGCAGUGCACCUACUAUGCGCUCCUGUGGCAGAUCGUGGCAGCCACGGACCGGCUGCCGCCUCAGGACGCGCUCCUGGACUUGCGGAGGCGGCUGAUGAAGUUCUGCGUGGCCUGCCGCGUGUACCUGAGCCACCAGAGCAAGGUGCUGAGUGAGAAGGCCUUCAUCCUGCUGUGCGACCUGCUGCUCAUCCUGAGCCACCAGGGGCCCGAGGACACCGGCCUGGGGCUGCUCUUCUUUGUGCCCGACCACAUCCUGCAGGGCAAGCUGCUGAGCUUCGUCAGGGAGCACGUGUUUCUGGAGGAGUCGGGGUCUGAAGGCCCCAGCAGGAUUUACAAGGAGGACGACGCGGACGAGCUCCACGAGCUGUUCCACCGGAGGAACAUGCUGGCCGUGUUCUGCAAGCUUGUCGUCUACAACGUGCUGGACUUGAGCGCGGCCGCCGAAAUCUACCAGUUCUACCUGAAGCAUUACCAUCACUUUGGUGACAUCAUCAAGGAGACCAUGACCAGGACGAGACAGAACGACAGGCUUCGCAACGCGCUGUCCCUGCUCCUGUGCCUGCAGCAGCUCUUUCAGAAGCACAUGGACACGUACGGUCUUAACUACGACCCCAUCGAGUUUAUCUGCGGCCCCUUCUACUCCAUCCGGCUGCUGGCUCGCCGCUUUGCGCUCACGCUCGGCUUUGACCGCGCCCGGGAAGCCGCCCACCUGAUCCAGAGGCGCGGGCUGGCCUACGCCUUCUCCGAGGCCCCGGUGGCAGAAGCGGAGGGGGGCCGCCAGCGCUACCCAAACCUCUGCUUCCUGCUCCUGCUGGCCGAGUUCUCCUGCAAGAUCCCCCCGGCCCGAGCGCGGGACCGCACUCGCUCACUUCCAGGACUCCAUACCCGAGGGCGUACCUAGCUUUGGGGAAGGGGAUAUGAACCCCCUGCUCGUGUACCGCAAGUCCCUGAUGAAGACGGACUACGUGCCCCAGACCGAGGAGGAGGAGGAGCCGGCCGCCAACCCGUUCGAUGCCAUCUGCAAAGAGAGCAAGCGGC